AUGAACUUUGCCCUAUUCGACUGCAUUGACUUUGCGUUUGCUUUCCCGGACGCAGAGUUUAAGCUAAUCUUUGAUUCGUCUGAUGCGCCUACCUUGCUUCGCAACCUCGUGACGGCUGCACAUGCCGCGGGGACGUUGGUCAAGCUUAGCAUCGGAGGAUGGACAGGCAGUCACUAUUUCUCGCUAGCCGUGUCCACACCCGCCAAUAGGAAUACAUUCGUCAGUAACAUCCUUGCCGCCUACAACCAAUACAACAUCGAUGGCAUCGACAUCGAUUGGGAGUACCCCGGACAAUCAGGCAGACAAGGCAACACCGAAAGUCCAAGCGACGAAGAUAACAUGCUCGAGUUCCUGAAGCUUCUUAGGCUGAAGCUCCCCCCGGGAGCGAAAAUGUCAGCCGCUGUUCAGAACACUCCGUUCGCUGGCUCCGACGGUCAACCUAUCAAAGACGCGUCCGGUUUUGCGCAGGUAGUCGAUUGGAUCUUGCUCAUGAAUUACGACGAUUUUCAAGCUGCAACCCCCCCUGGCCCGAACGCGCCCUUGUACGACGGGUGUGGAAAUUCUACUCAGCCGUCUCAGAAUGCAGUAGCUGGGUACAACGCCUGGACAUUAGCGGGGUUCCCCGCGAACAAAUUGGUUCUUGGUAUCCCAGCAUAUGGCUACGUCAGCAACAUCGGUAUAGACCACCUUCGACAACGUCGCUCUCCCGAAGCCCCGCGUCUCCACCGCCUUGCCAGGCGCACCACCGUUAAUUCUGACGACGAUCAUCAGAUCCAGUUCCGAGAUCUCGUGACCAAGGGCGUCCUACAGCGCAACAACGACGGAACGUACGUCGCUGUGCCCUCAAGCGGCUUCCAGCGUUCCUGGGACAAGUGCUCCGCGACGCCUUUCUUACAUUCAGAUACGCAGACUAUUCCAUACGACGAUCCCGAAUCCCUGGCCAUGAAAGGGGCGUUCGCAAAGAAGACGGGUAUGCUUGGAGUCAACAUGUUUGAUGUGCAUGGGGACACAGAUCAGUGGGAUCUCAUUACGGCGACACGGAAUACUCUUCUUGGUGCUCCAUCUACUCCGGUAUCUCAACCUGCUUCCGCUUUGACGUCUUCCUCGGGCUCGCCGUCUGUACCACCAAUGCCCGGGGGUCAGCAAGCACUAGGCGGGCCCUUGGCAUGA